AUGUCUGCACUGCUGACACAACUUCAACAGGAUAUUGAUGAAGUACUCCAGAGACAACUCGGAGUGCCCGUGAGGCGGUACUUUGUUGCAGCUGCAGCGGACGACGGGACGCCAUGCACCUUUGUGAGCGGUGGCCAGAAACUGCCUGGUGCCGACCUCAUGCUAGACGACUCAUUCAACCAAGAUGAGCCCGUUUUUAAUCGUCACGUCUUUAGUCGAAGCCGGCCAGGAGAUCGUCGGAGAAGCUCAGCUUUGGCCGACUGGGGCAGCCCAGCUCGCUCUGGCCGCAAACGACCCAGACCUCGGAACCCUUUGAAUGAGGAUGAGGACACACAGAUGACUGUAUCUUCACGGCGCGGUAUCAGGAUUGGUGACUCGGGCGCUGUUUGGGGGUUCUAUGAGCAGCGGUUCAAAAACUGCCAGCAGACAGCUUGCAAGCUCAUCGCGAAAGCCUGGGUUAAGGCCGUCGAACCCAAGAAACAAUCGACUCACCCUUACACGGGAAGCGACGAAAAAGCGCCUGACUGGUGGCCCAAGCCAUGGGGCCCAACCAAAGACGACAAAGUUCGCCAUAAAGAACCGGAUCACUUGUAUAAACGAGAACGUGUUCAUCUACUUGCACAUAUCCUUCGAAUCGUUUUAGAGCCUAAUGGUAAACAGCACCCCGACAUUCGAAAGCUUGGACUGAAUGUGUCCAAGCUGGAGGAAAUCACCGCGGAAGCUCUUUCGUCAUUUUUCAUGGACAAUGAUGCCAACGCGCGCAAGAAGCCGUUUUUGACCGAAAUUUUCAAAGUCGCUCGACAGGAGGAACGGUACAAGCUGGGCGAAAUCGACGGCUCGACUGAGAUCUACGUCAUGUCCGAGGAUAAGGUCCCGGAAAACUACGUGUCUGAGAACGACGAGACGGGGUCUUUCAUCAAGGAGGAUGAGGAUAUCGAACCUACAGCAAAGCCACCCACGGCAAUUAGUAGUGCAAUGCGUCCGUCAGUGCGCACAGACGCAGCUACCUUGUCUGGCUUAUCGGGACCUGGAGACGCUUUUAUCGGCGACCUACCGAUGCGUGGCUCGCAAUUCCAGCCGCCAAUGAUGAACGACAUUACCCCACAGCACAGUUAUGUUGACAACGGCCCUAUGCAAGUUCAUGGCCAAGCCGGUGUUUCUACUGGUUCUAGCCUGACUUUAGAGCUUGUACCGAGCCCGCACGAUGUCAGCCGCAGACCAUCUGUCUUUAGCGAAUUUCCCAGCCCCGGCGGUACCAUGUACUCGCAACAAUGGCAGACCAGCUCCAAUGGAACUAACGGAUCGCCCAUGUAUGCCUACGCAUCACAGCAACCGAACCUGGAAGCGGGGCCAUUUGUGUCGCCGGGUGUGGCCAUGGAUCCAAACCAGUCCUUUAUAACGGCGUCAUUCGAGGACGCGCCUCGUCCGGGCUACAACGGUAGUCAACCAGGCAUGUUUCGACCGGAUGAGAUGUCACAAGGCAACGUCGCGCAGACCGCUGGCUACAACUAUGUUACCAACGACGGUCGAAACAUGAUACCACAGGUAGUGGAGAAUGGUAGUAGAACUGCCAUGCACUAG